AUGCUCAACCUGUCGGACGAAUAUAUUAGAAAUCUCGUUCAAGGUCCCGGAGACGUGGAGUGGAGAUACGAGAUGAGGAGGGAGUGUCAAGAGAUUCUUCCUGGUCUUUUACUUGGCCCAUUCCAAGCUUCGAAGUCGUUGGGCACGCUUCAAAACCUUGGUGUCACUCACAUAGUCUGCAUACGUGACCAGAAAGAAGCGUUUUCUGUAAAGCCUCGCUUUCCGGACCACUUUCACUACUUAGUGCUUGAUGUAGAGGAUAACGAGGAGCAGAACGUCAUUCGACUGUUCCCAGAAGCGGACCAGUUUAUUCAGCAAGCUAUAUCCCAAGGAGGCAAAGUCUUAGUGCACUGUAAUGGUGGUAUAUCCCUGUCGCCUGCGUUCGUCGUCAUGUUCGUCAUGCGGCACUGUCAGCUGUCCUGGGAGGACGCGUUGCAUUUAGUCCAGAACCGGCGGUAUUGCAUCUCUCCCAAUGGAGGGUUCUUAACUCAGAUCAAGGAAUACGAGUCAAUUUACAGGGCCAAAGCAGCGGUCGCUCGCUUCCCAUUGAAUCCAACCCAGAGAAGCGUCUCGCGGAGAAAGAGGGGAAAUGACGAAGAUGAUGACGACCUUAGGAUCGACGGCCGCAAACGCGUUUUCGUGGACGAUGACGACGCGCUUAUGGCGACGGAUUCGUAG